GACUGGACCGGGCUUGAGGGCGACCGCUUGGGUACAUGUACUUAGUGGGCGCCGCUUUUUUCUGGCACCGCUCACUAUUAAUUACCAAACAUCAUCAUCGACGUCAGAUACGGAGCAUCGUACCUUGUACUACCAUCUCAACUUGGACGCAUCCGGCAGACCCAACCCUCGACGGUGUGAGUUUAUAAGCAGCAACACUCAGCUUUGAUCUAGAAGAGCCGCAGGACCUCAUCCAUACUUCAACAUCCAAACACCGCAACCAUGCGCCCCACAACACUCACCUCAUUCCUAUUCUUCACAGCAACCCUCGCUGCGCCGACACGGACGCUACAACGCAGCCACUGCAGCUGCAUACUCGUCUCUGACGCCUCCAACCCUCUUGAAACCCCCUCCGCCGCGCACUGGACACCUGCCAACUGGAAGCCCACAGAUUCCACACCUAGUGCCUCCCCCUACCACCAACAAACACCCGAUAAAUGCGAAACCUUGGGCCCAGAGCUAGAACGCUUUCGCUACGCAAGACCCGACCUCUACGAGUCGUAUGUGCGCGACAAAAUUGCGGCAAUUGCGCCAUACCCCAGCCAGGACGAGGAGAAGCCACUGCCCACCGAAGUCCUGAUGAGCAAGGAGCCGCGCCCAACAUCACGGCCAAACGAGCGGAUAGUGUGCUACUCGGAGCCCGAGGCAUUCUCAGCGUACAGCGACUCAUGUCUGACGCUGUGGGCGCUGCAGAUCAUCGUCGCCGUCACAAUCCUAGCGUGUGUUGCAGAGGGCGUUCAUCUGGGCAUGCGGUGGUUCUCUGGCUCGUCUGCGGCGUCCGAGGAGGACCAGAUAUCUUCCGAGAAGGCGCUGCGACUCCCCGGUGCUGAGCGACUGCUGCUCGCUAUCCCUACGCAUGUUAAUGAGAAGGCCGAAGUUUUCAGCCCCGGCGCGGAUAAGAAGAUGAAAGCGUAUGAGUCGGCACGGUACUUUGUUGUCAAGGGCUCGAGUGGUAGGAAAGAGUUCAUUGCGUAUGACAGUGAAGAUGAUGAUGAGGCGAACAGGCCGGUGAUGUGAUUAUACUCGCAUCAGGCGCGCAAUAUUGGUAUUGGUAUCCAAGCAUGCAUUUUCAGCGAUGCAGAGGCAGUACAUACAAUCAAUUCAUACACUUAAUGAAGUAUAACA